AUGGCCAAAUAUCAGCCGUCCUGGGGCCUCCCUGGCCCUGAGGUCCCGGCCUCACCACGAACGAUGCGAACACUACGGAAGAUCCAGUCCCACCAGGUCCUGACUACCUCCAACGCCCUCAUUGCUCAAACUCAAUCUUCCCGGCCAGGAUCUCGCGCUGCUGAUCUUGGAUCAACGAUAUCAACGGCAAACAACACGGCUCGGGCGCCCGUACAUCGACGGGCGCGUUCCAACAGUGACGCGGCAACUCGUGAAGCGGCGCAAGCGGCGCUCGUGCCAGUUCCCACCCAGAGGCGGCCUGCACGGAAGACAGGCUCAGGCGUAGGGCUCAAGAGAUCUCUUCUCGAAAAUCUGCUUCGUGAUGGUCCACAGAAUGGGAGAACUCCGGAGGCACUGCAGGAGUUGAAGUAUCUCGUUCUAUCGACCAGGGUGGAUGCGGAUGGAGAUGGCAUGUCACCCUAUCGGAUCUACCUUUGGCUCAUUCUUCUUCAUGUUCCUCCGUUCCCGACUGAUGAUUACCUCGCUCUUGUCCACCGCGGCGGCUCCCCCGCCUACACCAAGAUCCGCAAUGAUACCUUUCGCACUCUCGCUACCGAUCCUCUUUUCAAGCGUCGCGUAACAGAGGCAAGUCUGAUCCGGCUGCUGAACGCGGUGGCAUGGAAGUUGCACGACUCCAAAGUGAAGACUCGCUCCCGCCCUUCCUCGUCCCGAAGACGGGAGAUGGAGCUUCUGGUAAACACACCUCCUAGUAUUGCAGAAGAGCCCGAACCAGGCUCCGCCGGUGGUGCCGUGGGAGAUACCGCGAUCUAUGUUCAGGGCAUGAACGUCCUCUGUGCGCCAUUCUUGUAUGCGGCUCGCAGCGAGGUCGAGGCAUUUGCUCUCUUCCACCACUUUGUCACCGUGGAAUGCCCAGGCUACGUUCGUAGCACCAUGGAUGGAGUCCACAGAGGCCUUCGGCUGGUUGACCGAUGCUUGGAGAUCGUGGAGCCUAAACUGGCCGCUUAUCUCUUUUCCAAGGGCAUGCAUGCUGAGCUAUAUGCCUUCCCUUCUGUGCUGACUCUUUGCGCUUGCACACCACCGUUGCCAGAGGUUUUGCAUCUAUGGGACUUCCUAUUUGCAUAUGGCCCACAUUUGAAUAUCCUGUGCAUUGUUGCCCAGCUAAUCCGUAUGCGAGAUGAGAUUCUUGAGAGUCCGAGUCCCAACAAACUUCUUCGAUCUUUCCCACCUCUGCAAGCCAAAGACAUCAUCGCUUUGACUGUUCUUCUGGUUCGAAAGAUCCCGGAUGAGGUCUAUGCAGAGAUGGUCAAUCAUGCAAAAUGA